UUGUAUAGACUGAUAAGCUGAGAGGGGGGGGGUGGGGAGGAGGGAGGGAUAACAGCCCAGCUAAGGGAGAGAAAACACACACAAGGGUGAGAAAGCCUCUGCAUGCACACACUGAAAAGGACAGAAGAAGAGAAGCAAAAACAGAGAAGAACAUAUAGCAGAGAGAGAACAGAGGGGGAGGCGAGUGAGAGACAGAGGGAGGAAGAGGAAAAGUGAGGGUCUGCUGGAUCAUGCCUCUGAGAGGGAAGGUGGCUCUGGUGACCGGGGGAGCUCAGGGCAUCGGGAGAGCCGUGGUUCAGUCCCUGCUGCAGAGCUCAGCCAAGGUGGCUGUGGUAGACCUGAACAAGACGUGUGGAGAGGAGAGCAAGGCACUGCUGGACGCCGAGUUCGGAGAGGGACACUGCCACUUCAUUCCCUGUGAUGUGUCCAAUGGAGAUGCACUGAGAGAGGCCUUCCAGAGCACCGUGGAGCAGUUUGGCCGUCUGGACAUCGUUAUCAACAAUGCCGGCAUCAACAAUGAGAAGAACUGGGAGAAGACCAUACAAGUGAACCUGACCUCUGUGAUUAAAGGGACCUACUUGGCACUGGAACACAUGAGUAAAGAGUACGGCAAGGAAGGAGGCAUCAUCAUUAAUGUAUCCUCUAUGGCAGCCUUCCUGCACUCCCCUCACCAGCCUGUCUACACUGCAACUAAACAUGGAGUCAUCGGCUUCACUAGAGCUAUGGCGGACGCGUCCUCACAGGGCGAUUACGGCGUCCGGAUCAACGUUCUGUGCCCGGCCUUCGUGGACACUCCUCUGCUGCACUCAGUGGAACAUGAGGACAACAUGGGCAAGUUUGUCAAGUUCAAGGACGACUUCAAACGAAGCAUGAGCAAGUUUGGAGUUUUACAGCCUUCUCUGAUCGCAGAGGGCAUGAUGAGGCUGAUCAUGGACUCCAGUCUGCAGGGGGCAGUGAUGAAGAUCACAUGCUCCAAGGGAAUCCACUUCCACACCUAUGAACCCAUGUCUGCCUGAGCCUAGACACAUUGGCCGUUUCUCAAUGUCGAGUACACCUGCUGCAGAGCCACUAUUUCAAGUAUACUACGUCAUCGAGCGGCGCAGAAGGACUGUUUGAAUGCAUGUUAAAUGCCCAGCAUUCUGCGCCACUCGAUGACGUAUACUUUAAAUAGUGGCUCUGCAUCAUGUGUACUCGACAUUGAGAAACGGCCACAGCCCCUGAUUGAAUGUGCUGACCUUCAUUUGGAUGUCCUUCCAUAUGUCACACUUCUGUCACAAUAUGCACAUAUUAUGUUCCAGCUUAUACAUUUGUCAGAAGACAGUUUUAGUGUGUAUGAAGACAACGGAGCAGCUGCUCCACUCACUGUCUGUCUACAGAGAAUACUGCUCACUAAUGUGUUACUUUGAUUUUAUAUUGUGAAAUGUUAAUAAUGGCAAUCUGUUUGUAAUUUAUAUUUAUAUUACAGUAUGUGUCAUUAAUAAAUUAUAUAGAUGAAA